UAUUGGUCAGUCGCGCCGCGGCUGCGUCCGCGCCGCUGCUUCCCGCGAGCGGCCGCGGCCCCGCGAUGGCCCUGCACGCACGGGUUAUGGAGCGUGAUGUGGAGGACGGCGAGCUCUCGGGAUCGGACUCCGAUAUGCCCGGCGCCGGCUCUCCCGGGGACCCGCGGCAGAAAUCACAUGAUGGCAGUGAUUCUGGCAGACCAUUCCAGAGCAGCAUUUCAUCCUGUGCACCAAGUGUUCCUUAUCGGACAACCACAAGUGUGGAUUCAAGCGAGGAAAGCUUUUCUGAAUCUGAUGAUGACAGCUGUCUGUGGAAACGAAAGCGACAGAAGUGUUUCAACUUCCCUUCUGCUAGAUCUGAGCCUUUUCAGCUUAGCCAGAGCCACCAAAAACAAACUGCUCUAGGUGGCAAGAAGGUCAACAAUAUUUGGGGUGUGGUUCUCCAGGAACAGAAUCAGGAUGCCGUGGCUACUGAACUUGGGAUUCUAGGCAUGGAUGGUAGUAUUGACAGAAGCAGGCAGUCUGAGACUUACAAUUAUUUAUUGGCUAAAAAGCUGAUGAAGGAAGCUCAGCAAAAGGAGGCAGAGACUUUAGAUAAAGAACUGGAUGAAUACAUGCAUGAUGAGAAGAAAACAUUGCCAGCAGAAGAAGAAAAUGGGCAAGGCUUUCUCAAGCGGAAACGGCCUGUUAAAGAUAGAUUGGGUGAAAGACAAGAAAUGAAAUAUAAAGGAAGGUAUGAGAUAACAGAAGAAGAUUCAGAAGAAAAAGUGGCAGAUGAAAUUGCUUAUCGACUUUGUGAGCCAAAGAAAGACUUAAUUGCCCGAGUAGUGAAAAUAAUUGGGAAAAGAAAAGCUAUUGAACUGCUUAUGGAAACAGCUGAAGUGGAACAAAACGGUGGACUGUUCAUAGUGAAUGGCACCAGGAGAAGAACACCAGGGGGAGUUUAUUUAAACCUGCUGAAGAACACGCCCAGCAUCAAAGAGGAACAAAUCAAGGAAAUAUUUUAUCUGGAAAACCAAAAGGAGUAUGAAAACAAAAAGGCUGCUAAGAAGAGGAGAAUACAAGUUCUAGGAAAGAAGAUGAAAAAAGCCAUUAAAGGGCUUAACCUGCAAGAAUAUGAUGAUGCAUCUCGUGAGACUUUUGCUAGUGAUACAAAUGAGGCUCUGGCUUCCUUGGAUGAUCUACAGGAGGGGCAUCAUGAAGCAAAGAUGGAACCUGAAGAUAUCAUUGAAAUUGAUAAUGCUCACGAUUUGGAGAUCUUCUAGUUAAUAAUGUUCUUGAUAACAAAGUCACUGUAAAACAUAUUAAAAAUGAGCCUUUCGUAUAAUCCCAUGGCUUAUUUUCAUAAGAUGCAGAAAAAUGAGAAAUACUUAAUUCUGAAGAACGUGACAUCAUUCUUGGGUGAAUUUCACAUCGUGAAAGAUGCUAAUAGUCCUUUGUUUGCCGAGUCCUCAAAACUGUUAAGAUUUUUCUAGCUAACAGCCCUGCAUUACCAUGUUUGUUCUUUAGGAGCUCUUUUGAGACACACUUUAGGUUUCACCAUUAAGGCUAUAUUUUAACCAAAUAUAUAGUUUUAAUUUGCUGAAUAUAUCAAAGUCAUCAAGUGAGCAAUGCUCCUCUUUAAACAGGCAGAACCUGUAUAAAGUUAGCCUUGAUACAAGAGAUCUAGUGUUCUUAAUAUGAGAUUGUGUUGACAAGAACAGCACAGUGUUUAUAGGAUUAAGAGUUGUGAAAACAGAUUGGUUUGUGAAAGAGACUUUAUUUUAAUGGUCAGCCAUGUAAAUACGCACUGUUGGACAGUGUAUGUUUUAAAUUUCUGCAGCAGCUUAAUCCUUUGUAUAAUGGUGGCUUGAGCUUCCUACAUGUUCUGUGUAAACUUUUUCCAUGAUUAGACACACAUGCUCAACUUCUACAGAUCUUUUUGUUUGAAAACAAAUAGAACUGAAUGCUUAGUAGGGAGAUUUUACAAAUUGAUGUUCCCCUCAAAGGUCUGUAGUCUCUACCUGCAGGAAUAAACAGUUUACCCUGCAAUUUUUAUUUCUAUGCUCCUUAAAUGUGUGGUAGGAUAAUGUGUGGCUUGCAGAAGUUCUGAAGCUUUUCUAUCCUGAUUCUUAGGAAAACAAUAGAAUACAAAAGAUUAUUUUUUAUGUGAUAUGACUUUUGUGUAGUAUAACUGAAGAACACGUGCAACACUGAUACACAUGUAUGUCUAAAAUACUUGGUCACUAAUAAUUUGGUUUCUGUGACUAGACACUAUUUUCCAGUAUAAAAUGUUUGUGAAAUACUAAUGAGUUAGUUCACUUUCAACUCCAAAGACAAACCUGCACAUAAAUUUUAUUCACUUGGAGUCCUUAGAUUUUAGAAGCAAAGCACAUCACUGAAACACAUAAUGAAGUUAUAAUACUGAGCAAUUCUGUGUUGUCAGGAGCUCAUAUUUAAAGAACUACAAUAUUUGAAGAAAGAGUUCUUAAUCAUAUAGCACAUUCCAUUUAUAUACUUUACUAAAUUUGAGUUUGGACUUUUCUGAAUUUUUCUGUUCAAGUAACAGAGCUCCCUGUUGUUAAGAAGUUACGAAUGUGAAGCAUGCUGGUAGUAGUUACUGAAACAACAAGAAGUUUUGAUUUGUUCAUUAACUUCCCUUACAAACCUGUAAUGGUCAAAGUAGUAAACUGAAAACUCAUUUAAGGAAACAGAAUUUUGUACUGUUUAAUUAGUUUGAGACUGUAUCAUUUGAUCUUGGUUUUGAGAACUGUUUGGGAAUGUCUUAACAACCUUCUGGAUAGAACCAGCAAAUUUUAAUAGUGGUUGAAGUAAAUUUUUGCAGUUCCGUAAUUGCUGCUAAUGAGCAUUGUGUAUUUUUUUUUUUUAAGUAUUUUCAAAUUUCAGUGUAAGGGGUACUGAAACAAUAUGUGAAGUCUCCUUUUUAACAAAAGGAAGAUUAUACAGGGUGCUCACUCCUUCUUUCUAGUGUCUUCACUAACUUACCUGUGCUUAUAUUCUCUUUGUUUCUCUAUUUUUUGAGGGGCUUUCAACAGAGUCCUUUCAAAAGGAAGCAAAAAGCUUUCUGUUCCUCUUUAUUUUCUUCCCACAGAACUACUGCAGGAGUAGGAAGCAGAGGUAAGGGUAGAGGUUUUUCUCUGUCAACUGACACAUAAUUCAACUUGUUUAGUCUGUCUGGAUCUAAUACUUGCAGACAAAGCAGUUCUGUGAUGACAAAAAUGAAAUAUAAGAAGUGGAGUUCUGUGUUCCUAAGUUUCUCUGAUGGGCAGGUGUGGUUGAAUGAAAAUGAAGUAAAUUAAAAGGAGAUGACUGCUUUAACUAGGACAGUUGCUGUGAUGUAGAAGUUGAAUUCCUUGUAUUUUGUCAGAGUCAAGGUGUGGAGGCGUAGGCUGGGUAAUAAAGAGAAUUACAAGUUUUUCAAAAGGUGAACUUUUUUCAGUCUGUCAUAAAACUUCACUAUGACAAUGCUCAUUUCUUAGCCCCUUCAGUUAGACCACCCUCUGCUGCUACAGCUUGACACAAAAGUCUGCUAAAGGCAGGUUUUUUUAAGUUCAGUUCACUUGCACGUAGAGUGGAGAAUUGCACUCAUGGCUCCAGUGAGGAUGGACUUACUUGGAACACCACUUCUGAUCCUAAUUUGUGCAGGUGAACGGCAGGUCAAAGAUCCAAGUCUGUUGCUGAACUGUUGUGGUUCUUCAGCUGUUCUGGGAAUAUCCAAUCUCAGAGCCUUUGCCUGACUGGUUAUGGGAUUCAAGAACUUGUAGGACGACUGCAGUUUCCAAGGACCACGUUUUGGAUUCAGCAGUCAGAUGAGGAGCAUGUUGCAUGGUGGUAACCUUUGCAGCAGCUGUUGGCUCUUGAUAAUUUGGACUGACUGCAUCCUAAACCCACUUCUGACCUGCCAGGCCCUAGAAAUUCUUGCAGAGCAAAGCUUCCCAACAUACAGAAAGGACACUUUUGAUGCUUUCUCAUCACUUUAUCUGCAAUAUUUCAGAGCGGUGGAAGGAAGAAGGAACACAACUGAUAGAUUUAAUAUAUCCCAGCCAAACCUAUUUGUAGAAUCACCAACAUCCAGACCCAAAUACUGACAAAAAUGAGAACCAUGUAUCUGAAGUUAAAACCGAAGACUCUACAUGCAAGUUAGGUAUUCUAGAAAAUACCUUUUGCAAGUUUUGUUUGUUUGGGGAUUUUUUUUUCUUGCUUGAGCAGAGACAUUAAUUUUACAGUUAUUUUAAAAUAAAAGAAAUAAACCAA